UCUCACUCUUCCUUCUCUUCACAACAGCCUCUGACACUGCUAGAGAGAAAAAAGAGACCAUCUUUUUGCUCCAAGACCAGAUAUCGACCUGACCUGAUGGCGGAUGCACUGCUCGGAUCCGCAGUACAAGUUCUAGUGGAGAAGGCAAUAAAUUUGGCUUCCGAACAAAUUGGCCAGUUUGUUGGCUUCAAGAAAGAUUUGGAGAAACUGAAGGAUACGUUGACACUGAUCCAGGCUGUCCUCCGUGACGCAGAGAAAGAGCAGGUGACUAAAGAGAUCGUGAAGCGAUGGCUGGAGAACCUUGAACGUGUGGCUUUCGAUGCUGAAAAUGUGCUGGAUGACUUCACCUAUGAGAUGAUCCGGCGCGAAGUUGAGAUUCAAAACCAAAUGAAGAGGGAGGUAUGCUUGUUCUUCUCACUCUCCAAUCCCAUUGCAUUUCGUUGCAAAAUGGCCUGCAAGAUUCAAAAAAUCAAUAUGGAUUUGAAAAGUAUCCAUGAACAAGCAACGAAACUUGGCCUCCUCCAGUCACAGAAUGGAGCUAGAGAUGCACCUGCUCUUUCUCCUCCUAGCGGAGGAGCAUUUAUAAAGAACAGAGAGACUGACUCUGUUACUGUUGAUGCGAGUUUUGUUGGAAGAGAUAAUGAUGUCUCAGCAAUAGUAACACAAUUGACUGCCACAAAUAAUAAUGAAACUAUCUCCGUUCUCCCUAUAGUAGGGAUGGGCGGGAUUGGGAAGACCACCUUGGCUCGAAAAGUUUUCAAUGAUAGAAAGAUUGAAAAACAUUUUGACAAGAGAAUAUGGGUGUGUGUUUCGCAGGAUUUCAUUGCCAAUGGGCUAUUUGGAAUGAUUCUACAAUCACUGCAAGGUCAAGAGCCUGAAGCUAAGAAUAGGGAAGCCAGAGUCAAGCAGCUUAAGGCAUUAUUGGACGGUAAAAAAUACCUAUUGGUCUUGGAUGAUGUGUGGAAUAAGGAGUCCAUGCUAUGGAAUGAUUUUCUUGGGUCUCUGAAAGGUACUAGCCAAGCCAUGGGGAGUUGGAUUCUUGUGACCACUCGUGAGCAACAGGUGGUAGACAUCACCAGAAUUUCUUUUCCUCAGGGUUAUUCCUUGAAACAAUUAUCAGAUGAUCAAUGUUGGCACAUUCUCAAAGAAAAUGCAUUUGGUGCUGGGGAAGUGCCCGAUGGGUUGAAAGAUAUAGGGUUGAAGAUUGUGCAAAGAUGCAGAGGCUUACCAUUGGCUACAAGUGUUCUCGGUGGUAUGCUGCGCAACAAGGAACCAGAUGAAUGGCAAAAAUUAGAGAGUGGGCUUCAAAUUUUAGGUGGAGGUGAAAAUAGUAACGUUAAUGAAAUUUUGAAGUUGAGCUUUGAUCAUCUUUCACAUCCUUCUCUUAAAAAGUGUUUUGCAUAUUGUUCAAUUUUUCCCAAGGAUUUUCAAAUGGAAAGGAAUCAAUUAAUCCAACUUUGGGCAGCAGAAGGAUUUCUUCAUUCAAAUCCAACAGACGAUAUGCAUAUGGAGGAAGUUGGUAACAGGUAUUUUACCAUUUUGUUGGAUAGUAACAUAUUUCAAGAGGCAGGGAAGGAUGAUUAUGGGAAUGUUUUGAAUUGCAAAAUGCAUGAUCUUGUGCAUGAUAUGGUGCAAUACAUUUCCAAUUCCAAAACUUUAAGGUUGACAGAGUCUGGUAGUGUUGAUAUGGAAACGUCUUCUAUUCGGUAUCUUGCAUUGGAGAGAAUACAAGAAGAAAUGACAUUUCCUUCCACUAAAAGUUUCAAAUGUAUUACAACAUUGUUUUUGCAGGGAAACAUAUCACUUAAUGAUAGGGAGAUGUCAUUUUUUAUGUUGCGAGUUUUGAACUUAAGGGCAUCGAGUGUCGAAGAGCUUCCUAAAUCAAUUGGCAAGCUAACUCAUUUGCGAUAUCUUGAUUCGUCAAGAGCUUCAAUCAAUAGAUUGCCUGAGUCUCUAUGUCAACUUUACAAUUUGCAGACAUUAAGAGUUAAAUAUUGUGACUCACUGACAAAGUUUCCUAAGAAUUUCAAGAAUUUGGUGAAUUUGAGGCACUUUGACUUUUUCUCUUAUCAUAAAUCAAGUGAUAUCAUGCCUUUUGAGAUCGGACAGUUGCAAUUUCUCCAAACUUUGCCAUUUUUCAAUAUUGGUGAAGAAAGAGGUCGACAAAUUGGAGAAUUGAGGAAUUUGAAGAAUCUCAGUGGACGACUUCAGUUACGUAAUCUUGAAUUAGUGAAAAGCAAGGAAGAAGCUGAGUCUGCAAAUCUGAUUGGGAAGCCAAACAUUGAUGAGUUAAGAUUACUAUGGAAUGAAAUAGAUAAUUCAAGAAAUAAUGAUAGUGAAUACAAUCGAGUGCUGGAAGGCUUGCAUCCUCACCAAAAUUUGAAAGGUUUGAUUAUUGACAGAUUUUUUGGUGAUAAACUUUCAACGUGGAUUGGAAAACUUGGGAAAUUGGUGAAAUUUGAAUUGCAAGAUUGCAAAAACUGCAAAGAGUUACCAACUCUUGGAAACAUGCCCUUGCUCAAAUCUCUUCAAUUGAAAGGACUUGACAGCGUAACAAGUAUAGGCCCUUCUUUUUAUGGCGGAUCAGGCAUGCAUAGUGGCAGUAGCAGUCAAAGACCCCUAAGCUUGUUUCUAGCACUUGAACUUCUCAUUCUAGAAAAAAUGCCAAAUUUGAGGGAAUGGAUGGAAGCACCAGUUCACGAUGGGACAGUGGUGGUGUUUCCAGUCCUUCAUACGGUAUGGAUUACUGAUUGCCCUCAAUUAGCCACUUUUCCAAGUCAUUUUCCACGUCUCGAGGAAUUGGAGAUCGAUAACACCCAAAAUGGAUCAGCAUUAAUGACAUGUAUUUGUAGCGGAGUCAGCACUCUCACUAGACUUUCCGUUAAGAGUGUGAAUGGGCUUACCAAGCUACCAAAUAUGUUAUUUCAAAACAAUCCAAAUCUUGCACAUCUGAAGUUAGUCAAUUGUGGUGAUUUGGCCCAAUUCUCGGAUUUUCCGUUUGAUGUUCCUCAAACUUUAGAAGGACCAAAUUGUCAAUCAGUGCUUGAGCACACUGGUACUGACAAUAAUGCUCCUCAACAUUUGGUUGGCCUCGAGUCCCUAGAGAAAUUAACUGUUACUGAGUGCCACUCGCUCGAGUCAAUUUCAAUCCCCAAGGGACGCAGAUACCUCACUGCCUUGCGACAAUUAAGCAUUUCUCGUUGCGAUGGGUUAACCCACUUAUCCAUCCCCCAAAUAUCUGAGUCAGAGUGGGGUUCCACUACUUCACGCUUCUCCUCCUUCGGUACUUGUCCUCCUCUUCCUCUCGAGGAAUUGUAUGUAUAUAGCUGUCCCAAUCUUAUCUCCUUUCCAAUUGAUUUAACCCGAACACCUUCUCUCUCUUACCUGGACAUAUCACAAUGUAAGAAAUUAACCGACUUGCCCAAUGGGAAGCUUUGUUCUCUUACAAGCUUGAGAUACUUAGAAAUCGGACCAUUCUCAGAAACCACCACAGAGUUGCAUUCCUUCCUAGUCCUCUUUGAUGCUCUCCCACCACUGCACCCCUACUUCCCCUCCCUUUCAUAUUUACAUCUGAGAGGAUGGCCUCAUUGGGAAUCUCUGCCCGAGCAACUUCAGCACCUCUCUGCCCUAACAACUCUUGGACUAUAUGAUUUUGGAGUAAAAUCAUUACCCGAUUGGUUUGGAAAGCUUUCCUCACUUGAACAACUCAAUCUCUGUAAUUGUGAAAAGUUGGAGAAUUUACCCUCUCACCAAUCUAUGAGAAGCCUCACCAGACUAAGAGAGCUGCAGAUUAUUAUGUGUCCUCUUGUAAAGGAAAGAUGAAAUCCAGAAAGCAGCAGCAGCAGCAGCACCUUCCUCAAUUCUGAGUGGUCGAAGAUCUCCGACAUUCCCAUUGAUAGGCAGCAAAUCAGAGGCUAAUCUCCAUUUCUAUUUUGAGUUCAUAAAUACUGUCAGUUUCCCCAAUAAAAGCUACUAGGUAUUCCUCUGUACUACUACACAGUUUUGUGAAUUAAUUUUUGCUUCUUCUAUCCAUCUAUAUUUAUUUCUUUUCCCUUGAAAGCUUUUCUUAGUAUUGACAGUGGUAAUGUAUUGAUACUGUUUCUCAAUCGAAUCUUUAAUUGUGCAGCCUAAC